GUCCGACCGAGAAAUCGCUUUUCCGACACCUUGCUCUCAACUCACUUUGGGCGAUAUCUCCAGUUGUCACAACAUUGCUUUGCAUUGGAUGUGUGCUUGGGAAAAGUCAAUAAGAAGAGGCGUAGAGCUUAGAGCGUGGAAAAUUGGAAAAAUACCCGAAAAAACACUUGAAAAAGUGCAGCACCUAUUGUCACCCUGGGACAAUCCUUUGGUGCGUGCAGUUUUGUACUUAUGCGGUGUGGAGCAUUUUCUUUCUGAGAAACUUUCUGCGAAGUUCGAUCCAAACAAAGGAAUACGGGUAAUGGCGUAUUGAUAGAGUUCCGGACGUUUCAAGCCGUCGUUAGCUAUUAUCUGCCGUUGUUGGGAAAUUAUGAUUGGUGUAUCCGUGUUCUGCCAUGACUAUAUUGCUGGCUUGCUGGUACACAAAGUGAAUUUCAAGUUGCAGUAAGUGGACAAACAAGGACAAUCAUGCCAUCCUUCCGUCAAAAGGUCACAACUUACUUCCGUCAACUAAGCUUUGUGUCCGAACGAGACCCGCGAGGCCAAACGCAGCAAUGCACUCCUAUGGCGUCCGGCAGCUUCAUGACCAGAUAUCUGGAGGGGGAAUGGGAACCAUCCGAUUCUCAGGCCCCUAUUUUCAAUGGUAAACUACCGGAGGACCUGCCGGACGUACGUAUCGGACGAUACGUUGUCAGUGGAACCGAUGCUGAUGCCGCGUACACAGGGCCAUUUGAAGGGCUGACGGGAGUGAGGCGUGCCAAGUCGCAUCUGACGGCAGGCAUUGAAGAUGACAUAGACUACAUUGAUGUCCUGCAUGAGCAGGGCUCAACGUCGCAACAGGAACCAUCUACCAAACCAUCCGUACCUGAAUUGGGCAUAAAUUCCAGUUUAAAAUCCGUUUCGUCGAAUGCUGCUGGAAAGCGUUCUGAAUCUCAUUCCACAACCACGAAACAAACGAGUGGGGAGAAAGCUGUACAAAACAAAAAAGUCAUUGACGAUCCUAUCGCUAACGUCAGUGACUGGGACCGCCCAAACGAAGACGCGUACGGUAUAUCGGUUUCUUUGUACGAAAAACAUCUCCAUACGUCGGGAAAUGUCGGUGAUCCGAUUGCCGAUUGCUUUGGCAUCCUAUCCCGGGCCGACUCGUGUAUAAUGGCCAUGGCCGAUGGCGUGAACUGGGGCGAAGGAGCCCGUAUUGCCGCAAGGUCCGCUGUUCAGGGUGCAAUCGAGUAUUUGAAUUCAGCCGUUUUCGGCAUACACCAAGUGUCAUCAACCAGAGAAAUAUUCGUAAGCUUGAUUCGUAGCUUCUGGGAAGCACACAACUACAUUCUUCAGGUUGGAGGAGCUCUGAGCACGUUGACCGUCGCCAUUGUAGUGCCCGUUGAGUCGUCUGCACAAAGUGUUGUGUGCUGUUGCAACGUGGGAGACUCGCUGGGAUACAUAUUUUCGAAAAACAACAUAGUGCGAGAGAUUACCAUGGGAUCACACGAUGUUAGUCUCAUGCGAGAUAUGCGCGACGCGCUGGGAGCUUUGGGUCCCGUCUACGGUGAUAAGCCGGAGAUGAGCAAUCUCACCCUGUCGAUGUCAUACGUGGACGAGGGCGACAUUGUGUUUCUUACGUCGGACGGAAUCAGCGAUAACUUUGAUCCCGUGGUUGGAAAGUUUGCCGAAGCUGUGGGCAGUAAAACGAGUGCUGCAAAUAACAAUAGCAAUGUAUGCAGCGCCAACAAACAAUCGUCGAAGCAACACCACGAGCGUAAAAGCAAGACAGGAUUAGCUCCAAAGAGACAGAACAAGAGUGCUCCAAUGCUUACAUUAGCGCAAAGCAAUGGUGUAAUGGAGCAGCCACAUGCCAAUGCAAACCACGCUGAGGGAUCGCGGACCGAGCGAAAAGUUCCAGUACCGGUAAGAAAACCGCCCCCAGCGUCUGCAGGGCCUCAGGAGAAAAGUUACAGCUCAAAGUAUGUAACGCGAUCAAAAACGUUUAUAGAACCGGCGGCCGCAGUAAGACGGCCAGCUAACAGCGUUACAAGAGCAUCCGCUCCGUUGGCUUUACCACAGGUAACGGCGCAACAGAGACACGUGUUAACGCUUUUACGAAUAGCCGAUCUGUUGGUGUACGGUAUUAACGGUUCCCUUCGGCCGUGCACGACCGCGAAGCAAUUGUGUCAACUGUUGAUCGAUUUCGUUUCUUGUAUCACGGCUGCCAAACGCAAACUGCUGGAACAACGCGAACUAUACUAUAAAAUUGUGUCCGAUGCCGAUGGCAGUCGCAGGGAAGUUCCGCACAGUGCACACGAGCACAAAGUGAUACGGAAGCGUAUGGUGGACGGAACCACAUUUUCGCUACUGCCUGGCAAACUGGAUCACGCCUCGAUCGUCGCCUACACCGUACGGAGGUGUAAAACGACAUCUACGGCUGAGCAUAUUAUAUAAAUGUAAUCUCUGAACUGCUGCCCAUUUGACGCACCAUUGCAUGUGCAUGUGCUUCGGCUUGCAAAUGCGCACAAGAGUUAUCUUACGAAGCUGCAUUUGCACUUACCACUCCGUAAUCCAUUAUGGUCUUGCAAAAGUAUUAUUUUUGUCUCAGCCACUAGGUUGUGUCAGAAGCUUUGCUUAUUUGAGGUUGUAAUUUAAGCUCAUACAGACUUUUCUUGUCGCGCAAAGCAACGGAUUUCGAUUGAUUUAAGCACUUAUUUUACCGGUCUUGCUAUGUGCGACCGUUGUCCUCGCUAACGUCUUCUUUGCGCCUAUAGUAUGAAAUAUUGUUGACAGCAGUGUGAACUUGGCGGGCAUGUUUUUAAUCAGAUCUUCGUACAAGGUACUGUUAGCGAUAAGGAGUAAAAGCAUUUACAUAAUCAA